GUUUUCCUAUAAAAAGGGCAGCGAGGAGAUACCGAAGAUUGCAGAAGUUUGCCAGCACCUGACGGCAAUGGGCCACGAUGUCCUCAUGUUACAGCCAGAUGAUGAUGGCAAGGUAGCGCAAGAAUACUUGGAGAAGAUCCGGGAAGGAGGUGUUCUCCUAUCGGUGUGCAGCAGCGACUACGCCGAGAGUGACGGCACGGACUACAAUUCGUACUUCGAGCUGAAAUUUGCAUACGACAAUGAGAUCCCUGUGUGGCCAUUGAGGAUGCAGAACAUUUAUCCUCCGAUACCUGCCUGGGGCAGCAAAAAUUCCAAAGAUCCUUCAGGGGACGGCCCUGCCAUGAUUGCUCUGGCGAUCGGCUCCAGAAGCAAGAGCUUGCAGUAUCUGGACUGUCGAGGGAAGACGGCUCUUGAGAUCGCGGAGGCGAUUUCAAAGGACCUUGAGAAACCAAAGCCCUAA